AUGUCCAGCCAGUCUACCGCGACUCUCGAAGGCCCCCCGCCUCUCGCGAAACCCGAGCGGGAAUUCCAUCCCAAUUUCGCAAUCAAACGGCCAGGCGAUAUCAUCCUGCAGGCGGAUGACCUCGGAGACUACAACGGGGAGAAGCUAUGCUUCUACUUCCGCCGCACCCUCCUCAACGAGCUCUCCAACUUCUUCCAAAACCUUCCCGCCCCGUCCGACCAGGACUUGGUCGACGGAGUCCCCCUCGUACCCCUUCACAACGUAUCCAGCCCCGGUCUUCACCUCUUCCUCACCCUUAUCCACUCUACGACUCUCCCCCUCCCCCACACCUUCCACGACUCCGGCAACGUUAAACAUAACGUUGCUUCCAAGGCCAUCAUCGACGCCGCGAUGAUCGGCAAACUCCUCGAUACUCCCAUCAUUCAUCGCCUGAUCGUCACCGCCCUGGAGGACAUCGGGACACGGAAGCCUAUCCUCGUAUUCGCAGUCUGGGCGAUUGGCGGCGUUAAGGGCAGGCUGAGCGAGGCGGCAAAGGCGACGCUGGAGAUGGACAUCACUCGGACUGAGCCCUGCAUCUCCGCUGCAGUCAAGGAGCACGCUCUACUGGCCUGGACAGAACUCCUCGACCUUCAUUUGCGGCGGACGACGGCGAUGAAACGCUUCGCGCAGUACAAAACCUUCAGCGACGACGCCCUCCUGACGAUCUGCAACAAAUGCCGCGUGAAACAGACGAGGAAUCUGGAGACCGCAAAGGAGCGGUUGGCGGAGUGCAAGACGGUCGACGCUAUUCUGCAGGAGUGGAAGGGACCCCUGGGAAUAGAUUGCUACGAGUGCUGGAGGGCCGUGCGGAGGGUCUUGGUCGCUAAAGUCAAGUGGGUCGAGAGUUUCGCGUCGGUCUAUAGCGCUGGCUGGGACCUCACGGAGGCUCGUUACGAUUAUGAGUAUGGUUAUAUCGGCCUGGACGAGGAGGACGAGGAGAAGGAGGACGAUGCGUAUUUUCCGUAG